AUGGCCGCCCGGCCGGGGCGGCUGCCGGCGGGGCUGGGGAGGCGGAGAGGCGCGGCGGAGGCCGGGAUCCUGCUUCUCCUCUGGUUCGCGGGUGCAGCCGUGGAAGGAGCGGCGGGCACAGAGCCGCCGCUCAAGUGCGACGAGCUGAGGCUGGGGCAAUAUAUGUGCGAUGAACCUAAAAUAGAUAAUAGUACACAAGAACCAAUGAAUUGUACAAAUCACACAGCAUAUGUUCAAUGUCUGCCAGCACCAAAUAUUACUUGCAAAGAUCACCUUGGCAUAGAAAAAGUCUUUACGGGACAUGAAGUUGGAUUUUACAAGCCUAUUUCAUGUCGCAAUGUAAAUGGAUACUCCUACAAAGUAGCAGUGGCUCUGUCCUUGUUUCUUGGAUGGUUGGGAGCAGAUAGAUUUUAUCUAGGCUAUCCUGCAUUAGGUUUGUUGAAGUUCUGCACUGUAGGAUUUUGUGGAAUUGGUAGCCUAAUUGACUUCAUACUUAUUUCAAUGCAGAUUGUUGGACCUUCCGACGGCUCUAGUUACAUUAUAGAUUACUAUGGAGCAAGGCUUACGCGGCUCACUAUUACCAAUGCAACGUUCAGGAAAAUGCAGACCUAUCCUUAACCCUGGCAAGUCUUCUUCAAAGUUCCUUGGAUUUACCGUGGGGAAAACAUGGCAAGAACAUGUAAGAGGAGAUCACUGCCUGCGAAGAACUGACUGAGUGUUCACCUUGAGCCUGACGAGACUGCCCGCCAUAUGGAUUGUGCUGGCAGAGGCAGAAGCCUGGGGAAUGCAGAGGUGGGGGGUAUUUUUUAGGGCUUUCAUUCCAUGGUCCCAUUGAUUAUAACCCUAUUAAGAGGAUGAUGCAUGCGACUUCUAAGUUAUUUUGUUAACUAAGUGUAAGCAAUGGAUGUGUCAUGCUAACAAACAUAAUUGCUGGUGUGUCUAAUACAGUAUGAAAGUACAGUAUAGUGAAUUUAAAAGGUUGUGGUAAUCUAAGAAUGUUAAAAGGGAAAUGUGUGCCUGGGAGGUGUGGGGGUUGGGGAGAAAAACGACUUACUUGACAUUCACUGUCUUCCUCCCAGCUCCUUUGCUAAAGUAGGAACAGAAUCGGAACAAAAAAAUGUUUGUUUUACAGCUGUACCAAGUUACGGCGUUGGACUCGUGCUCCCCCCCUCCUCUCCCACUUGCAUCAAGUACAUCCUGUACUUUUGGCAACAUGUUGACUGGAUAUUUAAAAGCUGUGAACUGUUCUGAAAGUUUCACAUACUGGGUUAUGGGCCAUGUGUGUUUGAUCAAAAUUCAAUUACUGCACUGUACCAUGCUUGGAAACCUAUCAUCCCAAGUUAUGAAGUAUGACGAAAUAGGCUAAUCUAAUUGGUUCAGUAUGGGAGCAGUAUCAACCAAGCUUGUUAUGAUAAAUAGCUUCCUGUGUUAAAGGUUCUCUAGAGCUUAAGUAUCUUGGCUCACCUCCCUCUACAAAAUAAGAAUAGUGUUCCCUGGGAACAGUUACAUCACUGUCCCUCUCCUACAUUCACAAUUAAAGGUUUGUGGAUUUUUUUUCAUCUUGCUAUUCCUUGAAUAGAUAAACCGUGGCCAUCUACCCCAUUCCCCAUUGCCAUCUCCUUCCCCUUUCCUCAGGUUAGGUCGUGUUGUGCUUACCGUGAGUCUGCCUGUUCUGUUUCAGGGCUAGGUAAGGCAAGCUUGACCAGGAUGCCAAAACCCCCCCUGGGCCGGAGGCUGGUGUGUCAGUGCAGAUGACAUGUCUGUUUGCAUAAAGAUUUGGAAUUUUUGAUGUUAAGUAAGUUAAACAUGGAAGCACUUUAAUCUUUCUAAGCAUCUAAUAAAAGAACUUUUGUAUAGUGAA